AUGUGCAACUCCUGUUGUGGAUCCUGCUGUUCCGGGCAGGGCUGUGGCUGCUGUCAGCCCAGGUGCUGCCAGACCACCUGCUGCAGGACCACCUGCUGCCGCCCCAGCUGCUGCUGCAGCCCCUGUGGCUGUGGCUCCUGCUGCUGUCGCCCCACCUGCUGCCAGACCACCUGCUGCAGGACCACCUGCUGCCGCCCCAGCUGCUGCUGUAGUCCCUGCUGUGGGGGUUGCGGUGUUUGUGGUGGCUCCAGUGGCAGUGGUGGGUGCGGUGGCUGUGGUGGCUCCAGUGGCUGUGGCUCCUGCUGCUGUCGCCCCACCUGCUGCCAGACCACCUGCUGCAGGACCACCUGCUGCCGCCCCAGCUGCUGCUGUAAUCCCUGCUGUGGGGGUUGCGGUGUUUGUGGUGGCUCCAGUGGCAGUGGUGGGUGCGGUGGCUGUGGUGGCUCCAGUGGCUGUGGCUCCUGCUGCUGUCGCCCCACCUGCUGCCAGACCACCUGCUGCAGGACCACUUGCUGCCGCCCCAGCUGCUGUGGCUCCUGCUGA